AUGGUUUCAUAUAUAUCAAUUCUGCAUUAUUCAUUUGCUGAUGAAUGGGAAGAAGUCUACAAAUCUUCAUAUAGUGGCACAGUUUAUAAUCAAAAUCAGAGAUACGAAAGAAAUUCAUACAGAAGAGACUUUUAUGUUUAUAAUGUUUAUUUUUCGAAUCUUGGUAAUGAAGGCGUUAUUUAUCUUAAAUCGGACGAAAUUAAAUCGUUAAUAUCAAAAUGUAUCUUCGAGAAUUCAUCUAAUAGGAAAGAUGGUGGAUCUAUUUUCAUUGACCAAGGCCAAAGCUCCAUUAGAAAAGUUUGUAGUUUUGGAUCUCAAUCGGCUAGUAAUGGAUUUUUUUGUUAUAUCAAAAAACCGGAUGUUCUUACAAAUAUUAAUGAAAUUAAUGAUUCAUCGAUAACUUUUAGUAAUCGAGGAGAUCAAAAAGGAUAUGGCACUGUAUAUUUGGUAAGAGGAAAUUCCCUUUUACAGAAUAAUCUCACAAGAAAUUAUGGAAUAUACCCAGCAGCCUUAUACAUAUGUUGUGGCGAAAAUAUUCUUUGA